AUGUCACGGGAUAUUCUACACUGCGCAGCACAUUCGGGGCAUCUGGGACUUGUUGAGAGACUCGUCGACCCGGAUCCAAACCUAGUUGACAGCCGUGACAUCGACGGGUGGUCGGCCCUCCAAUGGGCAGCGCGAAUGGCCUCCAUCGAAGUCUCGGACACGAAGAUGUCCCUCAGAAAUGGGAAGAAAAGGCUGAAAUCAUCAAGUUCCCAGCUCGGGAGAGAAUGUCCUGGUCUGACAGAACGUGUGACCGAUGGCAACGAACGUACGUGGGACGUAUUGGAAAUUGCGGAGUACCACGACGCGCCUGAGAUUGUCAUCGCUGCGUUCAAGGACAAGAUGGAGGACAGACAAAUUCAAGUCGAAACCACCAAAGCGUUUUCCAAGCGCGCUGGAAGAUGGAUUUGCGAUGGUUGCAAUACUCUGAUUUGGGGUGCUUUCCUCAUUUGCGAUGACGAUGAUUGUUACAAAAACUUUGGGCUCUGCUUCAAGUGCGCGCCUCACGAGGAUCAGCUUCACGACCCGAAGCACGUUUUCUUCAUUGAUGAACGAGGGGUCCCAGAAUGCUCAAGUCUGGAAGGAGCACCGUAG